AUGGAGCCGAGUGGGGAACAGGAGGGCGACGAAGCAAAAGAUAAAAGUGAAAAAUCAGAAGAGGCACCAACUGUAGCAGAACAGCAGGAAGAGAUCAAAGAAGUAUCAGCUGAAACUAAAACAUCUCCAGAAGGAGAAGAAGGAGAAAAGUUACCUGAAGAUGAUUAUGAGGAUGUGGGAAGCCCUGCAAGUGAAGAAGAAGAAGAACCACCACCAGAACCAGAAAAGCCUCCAGAACCAGUGAAGAAGAAGAAAAAAGAAGUAGUAGAGAAGAAGAUCUCUGAAAAUUUCUAUUAUAACUAUGAAGAACUGUGCUCAAAUCCAUAUAUAACUCCAGAUUCUGGCAUCCCAAUGAACCUGCUCUCUCUUAUGCAUUCUUUUGGAUAUGACUGCACUAGACGAGCAAACCUCCACAUGCUGGAUAGUCAGGUUCUCCUCUACAUAGCUGGCAGCCAGUUAGUUCUUCUGGAUUUGAAAUCGAACUACCAGAGAUAUCUUCGAAGCACAGGUGGUGGAGGGAUUGGUGUAAUCACGGCACACCCAGACCGAACUCAUUUUGCAGUAGGAGAAAAAGGUUGGAAGCCCAAAAUGGUUAUCUAUGAGUAUCCUUCUUUAAAACCAUACAGAAUAUUACGAGGUGGAACAGAACAGGCAUAUGCAUUUGCUGACUUUAACCGUUCUGGCACCCUGAUAGCCACCGUAGGGAGUAGCCCUGACUACACAUUGACAGUCUGGGACUGGAAACAGGAAAAGAUUAUAUUGAGAUCAAAAGCAUUUUCACAAGAUGUUUAUAAAGUCACAUUUUCUCCUGAAAAUGAAGAACAACUUACUACAUCUGGUUCAGGCCACAUCAAGUUUUGGAGAAUGGCUCUCACUUUUACUGGCUUGAAAUUACAAGGGGCGUUGGGUAGGUUUGGAAAGACAUCACUGACAGAUAUUGAAGGAUAUGUGGAGCUUCCAGAUGGUAAGGUACUUUCAGGUUCAGAAUGGGGAAAUUUGCUUCUUUGGGAAGGGGGACUCAUAAAAGUGGAACUCUGCCGACCUGGCCAUAAAAAUUGUCAUAAUGGUCCUAUUAAUCAGUUAAUUCUGGAUGAAGGAGAAGUGAUCACUGUUGGAACAGAUGGAUACAUCAGGGUUUGGGAUUUUGAAACAAUAGACACAGCUGAUGUUGUGGAUGAUACUGGACUUGUAGAGAUGGAACACAUAAAUGAACUUUUAGUUGGUAAAAAUGUGAGCCUGAAUUUUAUGAUGAAAAUUCAUGAACGCGGAGAACCAUUUUGGUAUGCUCAGGAUUUCAAUGGAGCUAUAUGGAAGCUUGAUUUAAGUUUCUCGAAUGUUACACGUGAUCCAGAAUGCUUGUUUACUUUUCAUUCAGGAAAGAUAGAAGCCAUAAGUGUAUCUCCGGUUACAUAUAUCAUGGCAACUACUGCUCUUGACCGUUCAGUGCGUAUUUACGAUUACAUUGGCAAAGUGCAAUUGGUUGAUAUGAAAUUUAAACAGGGAGGAACAGCACUUACCUGGGCUCCAACAUUGGUGAAUCCCAAAGGAGGUAUAAUUGCUGUAGGUUUUCAGGAUGGCAUUGUUCGCAUAAUUGAACUUUAUAAUCCCAAAGGAUUGCCUGUCAUUGCUGGACGGGAAAAUGUAGGAGAUGCGGUCUUGCGUCUGAAACAGGCUUUUAAACCUCAUGUGUCUGCAGUUACAGCUUUGGCCUACGAACGUAAUGGGGAAGUGCUAGCCACAGGGAGCAAAGAUAAAACUGUUUUCUUCUUUACUGUUGAAGAUAAAUAUGAUCCUAUUGGAUUCAUUAGUGUUCCGGGACCAGUAGAAGCAUUGCAGUGGUCACCCCAUUCUCAUCCAGACAGCAAGCUCCUUAUCCUCUGUCAGAAUGGCAUUGUUGUUCAGGUUCCUGCCCCAGACCCUAUGGCCUACGAUGCAGUAACUACCUAUAGGAUCAAAGAUCUACCUGCAGAAUAUUUUCGUUUCCGGAGCAUCAAAUCUCGGAUAUUGAGAGAAGAGGAAAUUAAACGUAGAGAAAAAAUUAAAGAGCAAAAGGAGAAAGAAAAGCAGCAAUGGAUCAAAGAGCAGCUGGACCAGGGGAAAACACUAGAAGAAAUAGAAAUGCCCGAAGAAGUGCCUGUUGAAGAGGCACCACUUCCAGAAAUCUACAUCCCAGAAACUCCAAGUCCCAUCCUUUGUGGGUUUUACUCUGAUCCAGGGAGAUUCUGGUUAUCGAUGGGAGAAUAUGACACAGGAUUUCUGUAUCACUGUGCAUUUUCCUCUGAGCAGCAAAAAGAUCCUGAGACUCGGCAGGAUGAACCCUUUGAGGUUAUCCCUAUUGAAGAUGCAGAUGACAAUCCCAUUCAUCGCAUCGCGUUUUGCUCCACAGGUUUACUAAUGUUUUGUGGAAUGCAGAAUGGAACUGUGAGGAUUUAUCCUCUCCACAGCAAAGAACUCUGUGCAGACAACAUAGCUGGAUAUUGGUCAUUUAGUUUGCAUGAUAAUGACUAUGGGCAAAUUCAAGGGAUAUACUCAAGUUUUGAUGAUCGAUUUCUAGUAACUUGUGGAGCAGAUGGCAACAUCUUUGCAUAUGACAUUCUUUCUGCUGAGGAAGUUAAGAAAGUCCUGAAGACUAAAGUGCCCUCUCCAAGAAGUGGACUUGACAAAGAGAAAGCAGCAGAUGAUAUUGAGGAUAUUUAUGCGUAUAGUAUUGAGAAUGCCAAGCAAAAAAAAGAAUAUGAUCAGAUAAUGAGAGCUGCAGAAUAUAAGAAACUUUUGAAGAGACAAGAACUGAUUUUAUUGAGACAGGAGUUUCAGGAAUUGCUCCGGAUCAAUAGUGAAUUACCCAAACACAUGCAGCUCCUUAGAGAACAAUUUGAAAUGGACAAGAGAAUUCGUGCAGAAAUGGACAGAAAGACUGCAAAAACUAUUAGGCAAGUAAUGAGAGAACUGGCUUGGGAACAGGAAAAACAUCGCAUUGGGUUGCGAAAAGUACAGGAACGAUACCGGGGCAAUUUGGAGUAUGACACCAUUUUGGUCUGUGCCAUGAGAAGUAAUCACCAAAUCUCUACAUUCAGACUACUGGCAAUCUCAGAGAGUUUAUACAGAGCCAGAAAACAGAUUCACCCAGGAAAAAAGAGAAUAAGCAAAUAUGAACGGAAAGGAAAAGAAGGAGAGCAAAGAAAAGAGAGCCAAAGAGAUAUUAGAACAAUACUUACAGCCGCAGCUACCAUUGAUGAAGAACCAGAAACUGAUAAAGUAAGGAAAAAAUCCCAACCUCAUACAGCAGCAAGCCGUAUUGUUGAAAAUCGAAUGGAAAAACUUAGGAAAAUUAUUGAAAAAGCAGACAGAGCCAAAGCUAAAAUCCAAAAAAGAAAGAUGGAGUGGAAUGAAUUAUUCAAGAGCAAACCAAGUGAUAACUAUGAGGAUCCUCAAGAUGUAGCAAAUAUCAAAGAAGCUCAAGAGAACAUGGGGGACUUCAAAUUAAAAACUGCCACUAACUACAAAAUUCCUGAGCAUAUGAGAAUGAAUGCUGAUAAAAAAACAAGCCAGCUGCAAGCUUUAGAAGCAGCUAUACAUGAGAAAAAGCUGAUGAUGAACAAAUGGAUUGUGUCUCUCCGAGAUCUUAAAGUUGCUAUUAUAGAAGAGAUUCAGUGCGUAGUACAAGAAUUAAAAGCUAUACAAUCAUCUCUGGAUCCCUCCAAACAUCUGCCAAUACCUUCGGUUCCUCAUCUACUUCCAGAAGAGACACCAGAAAAACAUUUCCAGUAUGACCAUGACAUGCUUUUGAAGUUCAAACAAGAAACAGAAGACCAAGAGAAGUUGAAAAAAAUAGCGUCAUCGAUUCCUUCUAUAGAGUCUGGAAGUUUAGGAGGAUUUGGUGGAGGAUUUCUUCAUAGUCCUUCAAUCAAGGAAAUAGAGAGUGGUAGGAUUGCAACUUUAAGGCCAGGGAGACUACCAUCUGGAAUUUCUGAGGCACCACCUAAAAUAUUUGAGAUUCAGCAGGCAGAACCAACAGACCUUGAAUUGGAAAUCAGACAGAGGGAGGAGAUAAGAAAUGUUCAUCUACAGGAAACUUUGAUCAAGAGGAUAGAUGAACUGAUGAUAACUUUUGAUGCUGAACUUCACCUUCUCCGUCACCAAAAGAUGAAACUUGACAUACUAAUGAAAACUGCUGAUCUGCGCCACAUCACUUGGUUCGAAGAACUGCUUCUCCUGAAGAAUUUUGAAAAACAUGAGGACAUUCUCCAAGAACGUGUCAACAGCCUUGUCAGUGAAGAAGAGGAAAUGCAAAACAAGUUAAAUGACUGGCUUGCCCUAAUAGAGAAUAAAAAAUCAGAAAUUGCAAAGCUCCAAGAAAAAGAAAAAAUCCUGUAUGCCACUUUUCAAGCAUCCUUGGGAGAAAAUAACAAGUUUGCUACAUUCCUUACAAAAGUUCUCAAGAAGAAGAUCAAACGUGUUAAGAAGAAAGAAGUGGAAGGUGAAGGAGAUGAAGAUGAAGAAAGUGAGGAAGAGAGUGAAGAGGAGUCUAGUUUAGAGAGUGAUGAAGAGGAAUCAGGAUCUGAGGAUGAAGUCUUUGACGAUAGUGUUUGUCCAAAAAAUUGUGAUGAGUCACUCUUUGAGAACACGCUGCAGCUUCGAGAGAAACGACUAGAUAUUGAGGAGGCUUUAGCUGAGGAGAGAAAAGCUAUUGAAAAUUGCAAGAAAGAAUAUGAAGCAUUGACAAAGAAGGUGAAAGUAGUGGCAACCAGCCUAGAUGCUGCAGAAUGGGAACUUGAGGCCUUUCAGAGAGAAAAGCAACAGAGGCUGAAUGAGCUGCAUGUCGUAGUGCCUCUAAAACUUCACCAGGUGGAAUAUAUAUCGAAUGGAGAAAUUCCCUCUGACCUCUCACAAUCUUUGGUAUUUACCAACCUAUCUUUAGUGAGCUUGCAGCAAAGAAUUACGACUUUGCAGCAGGAGAAAUUAGAACAGAGGUUUCUUUAUAAGAAGGCCCGGGAACAACAUAAACAACUAAUUCGAGACAGAAGAGAAAUAGCACAUACGAUUGAGCAACUGGAAGAGAAAUGCAAUCAGCUGAUGAUGAUGAAAUUUGGCCGGAUUGUAGACUUGGAAGCUCUGCAGACUCUUUCUGUUAACACAAACCUGGAAGAACUCAGGAUGAAAGUAAUGGAGAAAGAGCGAGUUCAAGCCAUGGAAUUAAAAACAUGGGAGGAUAAGAUCCUUGAGAUGCGUCAGCAGCAAAUGAUGGUAACAAAAGAAAAUACAAGUAAAAUAAAGCAAAUGAAUGCAUUUUGCAUAGAAAAGAUGAAACUUGAAACUAAAUUGGAUGCACUGCAGAGCAACUUGGGAACAGAAUUUCAAGGACCUCGCAGAACAGAUAUUGAGGAAAAGGAAAAAUUAAUUGCACUUGUUCAGCUGCAAGCUCAAGAAGCUGAGGUCUUGAAAGAAGAAAUAACUCUCCUGAGUCGAAAGGAUGGUCGUAUCUUCCCAGCCACUCAAAAUCUUUUCCAGCAAGAUGAAAUUAUAGAUUAA